UUGAGGGCAAAUCAGAACAAAUAUAAAAAAAUAUAGUACAAUACACUUCCUCUUGGGGUAGUUCUAGCUGCUUUAUACGCAUACUUAGUACAUUUAAAAUUAAUAUAUCUUCUUUGUGCUGGUUGAAAAAACAGACAACGUCCAACACUGACUAUUUAUCAUAUAACAACAGACUCUAACAGCUGAUCUUCUAUAUAUUGGUACUUGUAGCGAUUUGCAGAAAUCAUCGCCCCAGGUUACGUAAAUAGCUAAAGAAAGCAUGUCGUCGCCGAACAAUGUCAGCCAGUAUAAGCUGGUAUUACUGGGGGAGUCAGCUGUAGGUAAAUCUAGUCUGGUUUUACGGUUCGUUAAAGGACAGUUCCAGGAGUAUCAAGAAUCCACCAUUGGCGCGGCCUUCCUUACACAGACACUCUCACUCGACGAUUGUACCGUAAAGUUUGAGAUCUGGGAUACUGCCGGUCAAGAACGCUACCAUAGUCUUGCACCUAUGUACUACCGUGGGGCCCAGGCGGCCGUAGUAGUAUACGAUGUCACGAGCGCACAGAGCUUUCAGCGAGCAAAGAAUUGGGUCAAAGAACUACACAGACAGGCCAGUCCCGAUAUAGUUAUUGCCCUGGCGGGCAAUAAAUGCGAUUUGAGUCAAAGGGCUGUGGAUGAUGAAGUAGUAGACGCGUACGCCAGCGAGAACGAUUUGUUAUUCAUGGAAACCUCCGCCAAGAGCGCCAAGAAUGUCAACGAACUGUUCCUGCAGAUUGGUAGGUGUUGCUCAGCACUGGAUGUCGGGUCUAAAUGUAUUGUUGACGCACAUAACCCGUAA